AUGGACGACGUCGUCAACGCGUUGGGACGUUUCCUUCGGACCGACGCGUACGUGAGGAGAAUGCAAGCCCGCGCUGCACAGCAGACUUCAUGCGUGGUGGGGGUCGAAGGACAAGAUGCGGAGGAUGACGAUGACGAUGAUGGACGGAUGCCGCCGCCGCUGGAAUCGAUUCCUGACGCUUACUUAGGUUGUACUCGCCGUUCGCCCACUUCGCCGGCCGGUGCUGGUGAUAUCCGGUUGAAUAUGCCAGGUCACCAUGAUGUCCGCGAUAAGUCGGGACGGUUCGCGAAGAAGGAUACCGAAUCCGAAAGACCGCGGAGGCCAGGAAGGCCCAAAAAGAGUGUGAGGUUUGAGAGUCCUCUGGACAGCUUCAGGCAAAAGAAGGCUCAGAUGGACGCAAGGUCUCGACAACGGACCGCACAGGCCAAACGUCGCAAGGAGCGUCGAGGACAUGUUGCAUCUAGAUCCCCCUCUUCUGAGCCCGAGUCUUCUCUGCAUCGUUCCCCGCCUAAUUCCCGCCGCACAACCACAUCGCAGAUCGGUUCUGUGGCCAGAACUAACUUGACGAGCUCCGCUCGCGCGAGCAAUGUUGCAUCUAGUUCAUCAGGAACUACCAAUGCCACUAGACAGCAUACUUUAUCCGGGCGUGACAGUGUGCUACCACCGUCGACAUCCAUACAAACUCCACCUGGUUCAGUGUCGCCACCACCUGAGGCUGUCAAUGAUUUCGAGAUGAUUGACUUGACCCUCGGCGAGGAAGACGAGGAAGACGUCAAACCUCUUAUCAAUGAUGUUGACCGGCUGCUCGUUGAGCACGGCGUCGAUGGCGACGCCGAUCUCGUCAACAAGACAGAUACACUGCUUUCCCUUCGACAGAAAGCUAUCAAUGCCCAUGUGUCUGAGGAGGACCUUCCGGAUGUUCUGAAGCUCGCCAGUAUCAAGAGACUCCUCAACGCAACUGUAGGAAGGAUAGUGGUUUAA